AUGAAGCUGUUUGUCUUCUUCUGUCUUGUUGCAGGAGUUUCGGCCUUGUCAAGAGAUGUUCGUGUUUCAUUGAAAUUGGCAUAUGAACUCAAGCAAACCCUGCCUGAAGAUCAACAUGCUGAUUUUGAAAAGUUUACCGAGUUUAUCAAAAAGUAAGUGCUUUUUAAUACUUAAUAGUAUCAUUAUCGUACCACAAUAACCAAACAACACCGCAACACCUAAUACCUUGCUGUUGUAGUAAAAGUAAACAUUAUAAUGUAAAGACUUAAUGCUGAUCCAAAAGUAAAAUGUUAUAAUGUCUUGACCAUACAUUAUGUGUUUUUUACCAUAAAACUAAAUUUUAGGUAUGAACGAAAGUACAAGACAGCCGAAGAAGUUGCUCAACGUUUUGCCAAUAUUCAAGAAUCAUUGAAGGGUAUUGCCACACAAUCAAAGCACAGUCCAAGAGCCACCUUUGCCUUGAAUCACCUUUCUGAUUUGUCGCACGAAGAAUACCAAAAGAUGAACGGAUUCAUUUAUUAUACAAACCAAAGCAAAUUAACCCUUCCAAGUACCUUGUCGUAGACUCCGAUGACGUCCCAGACUCUUUCGAUUGGAGAGAACACGAUGGAGUGACUCCAGUCAGAAACCAAGGAGGGUGUGGCAGUUGUUUCGUUUUUGGAAGUUUGACAACCAUUGAAAGCCAACUCCUGAUCAAGAAGAACGUGUCAGCCUAUUUGAGUGUGGAAGAAAUCCUAGCGUGUACUUACGAAAAUUUCAAAUAUGGAAACUAUGCUGGCUGUGAUGAUAGUUUCUCAGACGGAGUUUAUGACUUUGUCAAAGACAACGGCGUGACUGAUAAUGAACAUUGGGAAUACGACGCCAGUAUAACAGAUUUUGAUGGAACAUGUCGAUCAGAAGGAAAACCAGUUGUAACAAAGAUUAAGUACUAUGACGUUCUUGCACCAAACGAUGCAGAGAACAUGAAAGCUGUUAUAUAUAAAAAGGGACCAAUAAGUGCUGGUAAUUCAAAACAGACAUAUAUUUGAUACAGUCGAUGAGGAAACUCCACCCAGCUCCCCCCCCCCUAAACCGGCCCAUUACAGCUUACUUUGUAAGCGAUGAUUUCUGUCAGUACAAAGGUGGAAUCUACCAACCGAACGAGACAGUAGAUGAACCAAAUCACUUAGUAUCAAUCGUUGGUUACGGCGAAGAAGACGGCCUUAAAUACUGGAUUGUAAAGACCUCAUGGAGCGAGAAAUGGGGUGAAGGUGGUUUCUUCAGAAUCGAACGCGGAGCCAACACUCUCGGAAUUGAGGAAUUCCCUUCGGAACUUUCACAAUUGUAA